GCCAAAAAGCCUCCGUUACGCUUGUCGCAUUGAUAUUCACGAAAUCCACAUGCUAAUGUGUCAGCAAUUUUAACCGAAACAAAAGUUCACGAUUUUUUAUACCCAAAAAAUGUGCCUUUCUUUUGUCCCUGUGAUAACACUUUGUACUUUUAACCCAUGUGAAUAAUUUGUCUGUCCGUUUUAGUAAAAUGUUUCAUUGCGAACAGUUAAAAUGGUAUCUACUGAUUUAAAAAAAGAUAAUACAAUUAUUCCAUUUGGUUUGUUAAUUUUAUAUUUCAGGUCUUAAAAGUUGUCACUCGAAAUUUGAAUCAAAUGUAUUUGCAGUAACAGUUGGUGUAGUAUAACCUUAAGACUGAAAGUGUCAUAUAACCUGACUCUUCAAUUUGGAGGUACAAUUCAUAGUCAAGAUGGUGGCAAGAAAGCUUAGUCAAUGUGAAGAAAGAAUAACAACAAAUAUAUGAUAGAUAUGGGGAUGUCAAAUGCUGAAAGGCAGAAGAGAUGGCGGGAGAGGAGAGAUGAGGAUCCCGAUAAAAGACAGAGAUUCCUUCAAAAAUGUAAAGAGAGAUACCAGCGUGAGAAGCAAUCUGGUAAACGAAAACCAGUUACGCUAAUGACGGAAAGAGAAAAGAGAUCCGCACGAAAACAAUGGCGGGAAAAGAAGAGAAAGGAUCGUGAGCGAGAGCGAGAGGCAAAGCGUGCCUUACAGAACAUACACACGCCACCAUCAUCACCUGAACAACAACCUGAGAAUCGUGAAAAAAGUAGACAAUAUAAGCAAUCUCAAAAGAAAAGUAUGAGAGAAAAAGCAAAGGUGUAUAGAGAGAAUAAAGCACUAAAGACAGAAAUAGAGUCACUGAAAAAAAAAGUAUCAAUGUACAAAAAACGAUAUGAACGCCAAAAACAUGAUACGCCUGAAACACCAAGAAAAGCCGUCAAAAGAUUGUUUAGAACCUCGAACAAAAAGCAGUUAAAGAAAUCUUUGUUAGAGUAUAGGGUACUUGUAGAAGCUUUAAGAAAGAAGUAUGCACAGAAGCGAGCAAGAGACAAAAGAGACAUCUCAAAAAUCCUGUGCGAACAAACAUUAAAGAAGUACAAAAUGAAAAUUGAAAUGUACGAGUCAGUCGGAUGCAAAACACGAUUCAGAAAAUCAAAAACUUGUUAUAAUACAAGAACAAAAAGAAUCGCAGAAAAGGUACACACGUUCUACACGCGGGAUGAUAAUUCUCGGCUUGUAACAGGGAUAAAGCAAACAAAGACGUAUAAAAAGGCAAAGAAACAGAGAAGAGUACUGUUGUAUGACUUAAAAACCCUUCACAAGAAGUUCCAUACAGAAGGAAAAACAAAACUCUCCUAUUCUGCUUUUUGCAAAAUGAGACCUUUUUAUGUAGUUUUCCCAAGAAAAAGUGACAGAGAUACAUGCAUGUGUAAAAUAUGUAAUAACACAGAACUCUUGGUAGAUGCCUUGAACAGAGUUAAGAAAAGGGAUCGAGAGACUCCGUCGUCUUAUGUACAGCAACUAGUAUGUAGUGAGAAAAACCAGAAUUGUAUGGAGAGUAAAUGCUCCAAAUGCAAAGAUUAUACAAUUGAUAUUGACAGAAACUUACGUGACAAAGAUGUCAACUGGUAUGAAUGGAGGACAACUAGUGAACGUAGACAGAUUAAGAAAGGAACGGAAAUAGAAGAAAAAGAGGUUCAUGUUACGUCCAAGCAAAAGCACACAGGAACCGUUGACGACUUAAUGGAUAAGAUAAAUACUCAAAUUAGGAGAUAUGCUUCACACAUAUACCGAAUGUAUACUCAAUACAACUAUUACAGCAUGAAGAAGAACUCACUUAGUGACAAUGAAGCUAUUCUUCAUAUUGAUUUUUCUGAGAAUUUUGAAUGUGGGUAUGGUAAAGAGAUACAAUCCGUACAUUUCGGGGCUUCAAAAAAACAAAUAACUCUACACACUGGAAUGAUAUUUCUGAAUAACAACAUACCAAAGAGUUUCUGUACUGUUAGUGAUUCUCUAUGUCAUGGCCCUGAAGCAGUAUGGGCUCACAUUAAUCCGAUAUUAACAGAAAUUAAAAAGACCAAUCCAAAAGUAACAAAACUUGAAAUUUUCAGUGACGGCCCGGUAACACAGUAUCGACAGAAGGGAAACUUCUAUCUUACUAGUAUAAGAGGAAAGGAGCUUGGUUUUCGAAGCCUGAAUUGGUCUUUUUUUGAAGCAAGUCACGGAAAGGGGGCUCCAGAUGCGAUUGGAGGUGCUAUUAAACGGCGUGCAAAUAAUGCGCUUAAAUACGGACACGAUAUCACAUCUGCAAAGGUCUUUAUCGACAAGCUGUGCGAAGAAUCUAAGGUCAAAAUGUUUCUGAUAACUGAACAAAGUAUUGAAGACAUGGCAAAGUGUUUGAAAGAUGUAAACCUGAAGACUAUACCAGGAACUUUAAAUAUACAUCAGGUUAUUUGUGAACCAAAUGAUGCUGGAGAGAUCUAUUUCAGGAAAUUGAGUUGCUUUUGUGAACGGAACCAUGAACAUGAAGGUCAUAAAUUUGACAAAGCAGUACUUAUAGAACUAAAAGACAAGAAACACACGAACAGCGUUAACAGAGUUAAGAAAGACAAUAAUACUGAUCAGACAAAAAAAACUGAAAGUAAACAUGUAUUUGAUAAAGACAAAGAAGAAACAUGUCAUACAAGAAAACGAAAAAUGUGUGACUCCACUAAAGAGAUCGUGCCUGAAAAAAAACGGUUGGUUGUGAAAUCUUUUCAAUCAUGGAUAAAAAAUGGUUCAACUGACAUACAUAGCAAAAAAUCAAAAACAGAUGAGAGUAUAUUAACAGGUAUUGAUAAAUGUAAAACAUUUCAAGCUUUAAAAAGAAAAGUUUCAGAUGUUCAAGAAAUAGUGAAGUCAUGUAUUCCACAAGAUGUAUGUUUAUAUGACAACAAACUUGAAGUUGACUUCGAAUCAGUCGUAGAUAUACCAAAUGAUAUAAAUCUACCUCAUGGAGUUAAAGAUCUAUAUCCUGUCAAAGUUAGAAUGGACGGAAACUGCCUACCCUCCUGUGGGAGUGUAUUUGCAUAUGGAACACCUGAAAGAUGUAAUGAACUUAGAUCUCAAAUUGUAAAAGAACUAACUCAGAACGAGAACUUUUACUUAAAUGAUACAAACUUGCAACAGGGAUUAGGAAGUAAUCACAGAGUUAGAUCCUUGAGCUCCCAGUUUGCUCAAUACUCGGAAUAUUUUAUUCCGGGGAUGAAUCUGAAUGCAACAAUUAUUCGUGACAUUUACAGAAAAGAAACUUUAUCUGUAACUAAGGACCAAGCAUAUAUGGGUAUUUGGCAAAUAUUUGCUUUAGCAAGUGUAAUUCAGACUCCAAUAAGAUCAGUUUAUCCUCAGAAAGGAAACGUCAAUGUUAGACAUGAUCUUAAUAGAUUAAUAUUGCCACGUACGCAAACAAGUUCAGAGCCAGUUCAUAUAAUGUGGACAAGCACUAGACAAGAUCUUUUGCUUGAGCACUGGAUACCUAAUCAUUUUGUACCUUUAGUGCCAUUUACAACUCCCGAUAAAGACUGCGAGACCACUGCUGAAGUAAAUAGAACAGUAGAGAGCGAACAGCCCGAUACAUGUGACACAGAUACAAAUACAGUGAAUGAAACAUUGCCAAAUUCAAAGAAUGAAUGUAACGAAACCGAGAAAACCAGUGCUGAUGUAAAUAGAAAAGAAAAGAGUGAAAAGCCUGAAACAUGUGACACAGAUAUAUUGAAGGAAACAUUGCCAAAGGCAAUGAAUGAUUGUAACAAAACCGAGAAAACCGCAGGUGAAGUAAAAACAAAAGUAGAGAGUGAAAAGCCUAAACCAUGUGACACAGAUAUUGUGAAGGAAACAUUGCAAAAUGCAAAGAAUGAUUGUAUCAAAACCGAUAAAACCACCGCUGAAGUAAAUAGAAAAGAAGAGAGUGAAAGGCCUGAAAUAUGUGACACAGAUUUAUUGAAGGCAACAUUGCCAAACACAAAAGAUGAAUGUAACGAAACCGAGAAAACCACAGCUGAUGUAAAUAGAACAGUAGAGAGUGAGAAUCUUGAAACAUGUGACACAGAUACAUUGAAGGAAACGUUGCAAAAUGCAAAGAAUGAUUGUAACAAACCAAAGAAAACCAUAGCUAAAGUAAAUAAAACAGGAGAGAGUGAAAAGGCUGAAACAUGUGACACAGAUGCAUUGAAUGAAACAUUGCAAAAUACAAAUAAUGAAUGUAACAGUACUGUUAACACGAAAGCUGAAACUGAACGUUGUAGUAUCAAUGAAACAAACAAUAUUAAUAAACUGACAAACCAAUUGAUAAAGGAAGGAAAACUGGAUACAAAAGAUAAUGUUUCGAAUACAGAAUCGCUUCCUGAUGACAAUGUAGAUAAAACUGAAAAAGAAAUUCAGUUUGAAAAACCAGACAUGAAACACUUAUUAAGCAAAUAUGUAAUUGUCAACUUUAAAGGCAAACCAUAUCCUGGAAAAGUUAUUAACAUACUUGAUACAGAUGUGGAAGUUGUUUGUAUGAAACAAACGGGUAAAAAGAACGAAAACUCUUUUUACUGGCCAAAAGCAAUUAAAGACAUUUCUUGGUAUGAUUACGACGAAGUAGUAACAACUAUUCCUAAACCAAGACAAGUUAGAAAAACAAACCGUUUUGAAAUUGAAGAGAACACAUGGAACAAAAUGAAGAGGGAUAAAGGUUCACUUGAAGAAGCAAGUUCUGAAUCAAAUAAACUCAACCCCAUUGAUUUAGGUAAACCAGAAGAAACAUUGGCAGAUAGACAUUCAUUGGAAGAGAAAAAUGAAUAUGUUGACAGUAAAAAAUCAGAGACAGAUAACAUAUAUAUUGAUAAGAAAGAAUCAGGUACACACAUGGAAAAUGAAUAUUCUGUCGAUGAAUUUGAUGAAACUAGUGGCAGAAUGAUUGAUGAAAAUGCCAAUGAAGUAAAGUCUGAAUUUCCAGAUAUGAAAGACAUCUUGAAUAAAUAUGUGAUCGUUAACUUUAACGGAAGACCAUAUCCUGGAAAAGUAAUCGACGUAGAUGAAGAAGUGGUGGAAGUCACUUGUAUGCACCAAGUUGGAAAGAAGAAUUCAAACUGUUUCUAUUGGCCGAAAUUAGUUAAGGACAUUUCUUGGUAUGAUUAUGAUCAAAUACUUACUGUAAUACCUGAGCCAAAGCCGAUAGGAAAUACAAACCAAUACAAAGUUGAUGAAUUCAUAUGGAAUGAAUCUCAGAAUAAAACACUGUGAACUUGUUUCGAGUUUGAAAAUGGAACGUUGGUGUGAAUGAAAAGUGUUGUAAUUAACUGUUGUACUUUAGUUACUAUCACUUUGCUUAUGAUGAGUAAAACACUUGUUACAAUUAAGAUACUAACUGUUGUAAGUGUGGUUGUAUCAUUUUGGGUAACAUUGUGAAAUAAAUAGUUUGAUGUGUUUCUUCUCAAAUCAUCUUACAAAUAUGUUAUACAUUUUUUUAAUUAAAAACUUAUUAUCAUUUUGAAUUUUACGAGUAAAACCACUUGUUUAAAGAUUUGAUCAAGAUUAAAAUUGUUACAAUAUAAAUGUAGAUUGCAUUGUUGUAAUUAAGAUAUUGCCAUAGUUAUGUUUUUCAUGAGUAACAAUCAUGACUAUGCUUUUUAUCAUUUUUUUUCUAAAUUAACAGAAUUCGUUAAACAAAUUAGUUUUGUGUUAAAAGAAUAUAAGUGGUUUGAUUAUAAAUGUUUUGCUCUAGAAUGCUAUAUAUCUCGGCUGAAAAUUUGCACCUUAAAAAGUAGAUGCAGUCAUAAAACUUCUUGGUAUGUAUUUACUUUUAGUCUUUGCAGUAACAGAAUUUUGUUUUGCAGUAACGUUGAUAAUAGCACAUAACCCUUUGGGAUUAUUUACUCAGCAAAAAGUCUAGUAUACUGAAUAUAUAAUUAUAAGUAAGAUUGCAAAAAUUUAACUUUGAAAUAGUUAAUCUAGUGACAAUUCUAACUAUAAUGAUCAGCAUUUCUCUUUGCAGUAACAACAUUGUUCCUUACAGUAACGGAAAAUAUUGUUAGAAUUUUGAAUUGUUAUACGAAAGCAUUCUAGUAACAAAUGUUCAAUGUUUUAGUUAGACAUUUAUCGAUACUUUGUUUGUAUCUAGUUAAUAGUUUAAAUUUUGAUUAAAUUGAUGAAACAUUUACAAUUUAUUAAUGUUUUGUCCUUUCAGUAACGGUGAAUGGUCUUUGCAAUAACAACAACAAAAAAUUUGAAGUAAGGUUAAUAAUAACACUCAAUCCUUUGAGAUUAUCUGCUAAACAAAAAGUCUUGUACACUGAAUUUAUAAUUAUAAACAGCAUUACAUAAAAAAAAUACAAAUAAACAGUUAAUCUAGUGACAAAUAUAACUUUUAUGAUAAGCAAGUCUCUUUACAGUAACAAAACUGUUCCGUACAGUAACAGCAAAUAUUUUUUAGAAUUGUGUAGUGUUUAACGAAAGCAUUCUAGUUACAUUUGUUCAAUGUUUUAGUUAAGACAUUUAUCGAUACUAUGUUUGUAUCUAGUUCAUAGUUUCAAUUUUGAUUAAACUGAUGAAGCAGU